CACCAGGUCCCCAGGCCAACACGUGGAUCCUGGUCCGUGUGGUGAUGGUCACUGUGUCCAGUGCCCGUCGGCAUGCCCGCAUGCUGAGCCCACAGCCCUGUCUGCAGGAGCAGAUCAGGAUCCAGACAUGGGCCACGGUGAAGCCAGUGCUGGUCCUGCUGCCCGUCCUGGGCCUGAGCUGGCUGGUCGGCAUGUUGGUGCACCGCAGCCCAACCUGGGCGUAUGCUGCCGUGAGCCUCAGUUCCUUCCAGGGGCCAUACAUCUUCCUGGUCUAUGCUGCCUACAACGGGGAGGUCCCGGGUGCGUUGCAGAGGAUGACUGAGAAAAAGGCAACAGAGGCAUUCACGGCCUGCUCCAGCCCCAUGGGCCCAGGGUCCCACCCUAGGUCCCUGGGUCCCUGGGAGGUGGCUCCGGACGACCCUGUAGCCUUGGCUCCAGCUCGAAGACACUUGGCUGUUAGAGGGACUCACGGCCCCAGAGUCCCCACAGCCUUCUCCUCUGUUGCAGAACCCGAGAGACCGGUGAGGCUGGGACAGGGGUGCAGGGUCUUGCCAGGAGUAGGGGAAUCCCCAGGGACUCGGGGAGGGCCGGGGAGGAGGGGCUCUCUCGGGGAUCCAAGGGGCCCCGUUUGUCGGUUCGGUUCGCAGGUGGCAGGGCACUGGGAGCCACUGGGAGGUGCUGACUGCGCACUGGCAGAGCCUGAAUACCAAGGCUGUGGAGCUGACAGCAUUCAAGGCAUCAGGUACAGCUCCCACGUCAGGGAGCUCCCCUUUCCCCCUUGGCACCUGGACACCCCCUCAGCCCCCCUGCCCCAGGAUGGAGGACCCGGUCUUGGAGCCCAGCGGCCCGGCCUCAUACCCGGGGGACCUCCCUGUGGGCGCGAGACAGGCCGGUCCGUGCGGCUCCCGCUGGGCGGGGCUCCGGGCUAA